CCCGCUGCCCGGUUCUGCCCGCGGCCUGGGCCUCCGCCGCCGCCGCCCCGCCCCGCGGCCGCCAUGCCGCACAGCUUCAAGCCCGGAGACCUCGUCUUCGCCAAGAUGAAGGGGUACCCGCACUGGCCGGCCCGGAUCGAUGACAUCGCGGACGGCGCUGUGAAACCCCCACCGAACAAGUACCCCAUCUUCUUCUUCGGCACCCACGAGACCGCCUUCUUGGGCCCUAAAGAUCUCUUCCCUUAUGAAAAAUAUAAAGACAAAUAUGGGAAACCAAACAAGAGAAAAGGCUUCAACGAGGGAUUGUGGGAAAUCCAGAACAACCCUCACGCCAGUUACAGUGCCCCUCCGCCUGCGAGCUCCUCGGACAGCGAUGUUCCUGAGAAUGACCCGAUGGGGGGAAGCGACGCAGGUGACGAUGAGGAAGACGCUGCCAUGGCUGCAGUCGCCACGGAGAAAAUGGAAAGUGAUGAGGACUCGGAUCGAGGCAGCGACCACAGCGGGCUCAAGCGAAAAACGCUGGCUAUGAAAAUGCCAGUAGCAAAACGGCCUCGGAAAUCCUCCAGUGACCUGGAUCAGGGCAGCCCCUCCCUGACAGAAGAGGAGAACUCGGAAACAUCUUCUGAGUCGGAAAAAAACAGUGACCAGGACUUCACUCCCGAGAAGAAGCCAGUGGCCAGGGCUCCCCGGAGGAUGCCGGCAGGGGGGAGGAAGAAGAAGAAAGUGGAAUCCGGCUCUGACUCAGACUCCAAAGUGGACUCGGAUUCGGAAAUGGGAAACGCGACUGUGGACAUGACCAAGUCGGACUCGAACUCCGAUUCGGACUCGGAUGUGUCUGUGAAGAAGGCUCCACGGGGCAGGAAGCCAGCUGAGAAACCCCCUCCCAAGCCCCGUGGUAGGAAACCGAAGCCCGAGCGUGUCCCGACCAGCUCCAGCAGUGACAGUGAUAGCGAUAGCGACGUGGAUCGCAUCAGCGAGUGGAAGAGGCGAGAUGAAGAACGGCGGCGGGAGCUGGAGGAGAAGAGGAAGAGGGAGCAGGAGGAAGAGAUCCGCCGGCUCCGGGAGCAGGAGAAGGAGGAGAAAGAGAAGAGGAAGGAGAAAGCGGAGAAGGGCGAAGAGGUGCACUCGGACUCGGAUAGCAGCGCAGAGGAUGAGGUGGCCAAAAAGGGCCGGAAGGGCCGGGCCAAGGCCCCGUCCUCCUCGGACUCUGAGCUGGAGCUGGAGAAAGAGGUAAAGAAGCCUGCGAAGAAGCAGCCCUCGGAGUUGUCAAGGAAACCAAAUCAGAAGGAGAAGAGGGGCCGAGCAGAGGAGAAACCACGGAACAAACCUUUGAAAGUGGAACGAGGCCGGAAGAAAUCUGACCUGAUCCCCGAAAGGAGGAUGGAGAAGAAAAAGGAGCCCACAGUCGAAGAGAAACUUCAGAAACUUCACAGUGAGAUCAAGUUUGCCCUGAAGGUGGAUAACCCGGACAUCAAGCGGUGUCUGAAUGCACUAGAGGAGCUGGGCACGCUCCAGGUCACCUCUCACAUCCUCCAGAAGCACACCGAUGUGGUGGCUACGCUCAAAAAGAUCCGUCGCUAUAAAGCAAACAAGGACGUGAUGGAGAAGGCUGCCGAAGUCUACACCCGAUUGAAGUCACGUGUCCUGGGACCAAAGAUGGAGGCGAUCCAGAAAGCCAACAAAGCCGGGCCUGAGAAGGACAAGGGGGAGGCGGAGAAGGGCCAGGAGAAGCUGUCAGGAGGGGAGACACGGAGUGAGAAGGGUGAAGAGGAGACGAAUGCUGACUUGUCGGGUCCUGUGAAUGGUGAAUCCCUGUCCCAAAAAGCGGAGGGCACAGAGGAGAAGGACAAAAGCCAAGGGCCGGGAGCCGGAGAGCCGGAGGCGUCUGCCGAGGAGACCCACAACAACAGCGUGCAGGACUAUCCCAAGGCCGAGCGAGCUGGGCCGGAGCGGGAGAAGGCUCGCGGGGAGUCAGAGGCUGUGGAUGACGUGGAGGAGAGCUGAGGAAGCGGCUCCCGCCCGGAGGAGGAGGAGGCAGAAGGGCUGCGAAGGGAGACCGGCCUCUGCCUCGUCCCCUGCUUGAGUUACUUCACUAAGUCACACAGUAGCUGAUGUCCUAGGUCUUGUCCUGUGCCCCCGGCCCUGCGAAAGCACCGACCGCGGGGGGGCUGUGCUGGUUGUCUGUACUUGUCCCCUCUUUUUUUUUUUUUUUUUUUGUUUUGGUUUGGUUUUUUUUUCCGUUGUUUUUUUUGUUUUGGUUUUCCUUCCUACCUAAUUUCUUGUGAUUUCAACCGCCAUGAAAUGAAUAUAAAGGGUUUUUUAAUGAAAAAUACAAGGAGCCCUAGUGUCUGUUUCUUGAGGCAUCGCUGACUGUGAUGAGGGGAGGGCAGGAGCAUCCCCCUGCCUAGGGCUGGGACUGGAAACCCCCCACCAUGGGUCCCCCCCCUGUCCUCUGGCCCUGGCCCCCCCUAUGAGCCAGGACCAGGCACCCGUGGGUGUCCCUGUCCCGGCUGGGCCCCGGCAAGGGGAGUGGGACAGCCAAACCGGGCUGCUUUCUGCUUGAUUUUCCAGUGCCUGUGCUGGGCUCUGCCUUGGCCGCUGGGGCUUCUCCCUGCUGCUCCGAGCCCCUUUCCCCACCAUCGUCUUCUCUGUGGCUGGAGGCAGCUGCUGGAGCCAGGUCCCUCUGCUCCAGGGGAGGCAGCAGGGCUGAGCACCAGCUUUUGGGUUAAAAACAGAGUAAAAAUUGUGUAUUCUCUCCUAACUCACCCAGGAAGGGACUGAACUGUGGCAGCAUCCUGCCUUGUGCUGGGCAGCAUCGUUGGCUGGCUGGCUGCUCUUUUGCAAAGAUCCGAAGCUUUUGUACAUGUAAAAUAAAGAUGUUCCCGGCUCAACCAGA